AUGGAAUGCCCACACGUGCACUCAGACGACCUCAGACCUCCUAGAGCCAACCAAAGCGUGUACCGGGAAGACUGCACUCAGUGUUUUGACUCGAUAGACGAUGAUGCUGGGCUUGAUGUCUGCCUGCGCUGCUUCAACGGUGGCUGUGCCGGGGAAAGAAAUCAUUCUUUACUGCACUACACUUCCACGGGCCAUCCCUUAGUACUGAAUAUCAAGCGAACGAGACGACGAAUUCACCGAGAUGAGCCUCCAGCUAAACUUACCAAACUUGCCAUUGCCGCCGAAACAGAGGAGGACAGGUACGAGACGACUACAACAGUCAAGUGCUAUGCGUGCCAGAUACAAGAUGUGGACAAAACUUCUGGAAACCUCCUAGCCGUUGUAGAUGGUGUCAUGAAAGCCAUGACGUUUGCCAAACAGGAGGAAGUCAAGGCGUGGGAACAGGAGUUCGUACCCUGCGAACACACACUCUACCUCGAGCAGCAGCCGAGCAGGCAGAUCGAGUCUCAGAAUCUGGGAUCAUGCUCCAAGUGUGAUUUGAAAGAGAACUUGUGGCUCUGCCUGGAGUGUGGCAAUCUGGGAUGUGGGCGGGCCCAAUUUGGUGGCGUGGGUGGCAACUCUCACGGCCUCGCCCAUGCCACGGAGAAAGGUCACAGUGUUGCUGUAAAGCUCGGAUCUAUCACUCCAGAAGGAAAUGCUGAUGUCUACUGCUACAAGUGCAAUGAAGAGAGAAUUGACCCAGAACUGGCCAAACACCUCGCCCAUUGGGGUAUCAAUAUUGCCGAGCGGGAGAAGACCGAGAAGAGCCUGAUGGAAAUGCAGGUGGAGCAAAAUCUGAAAUGGGACUUCUCCAUGACCACGGAGGAUGGCAAGGAGCUGUCCCCUGUCUUUGGACCAGGCUUUACAGGACUGAAGAACAUCGGCAAUAGUUGUUAUUUGGCCAGUACGGUACAGUGUCUAUUCUCGCUCCCAGAGUUUCAACAACGUUACUACCUCCCCGACCAACCUCCGCCCAACGCUAACUCGCCAGCUGAAGACCUCGAGACGCAACUGCGGAAGCUCGCUGACGGCAUCCUGUCUGGUCGGUAUUCCUACCCGGAUAGCAAUGUCCAUGCUUCUCCCGACAACCCUGAGGUGCCACACCAGAAGGGUCUUUCCCCGGCCAUGUUCAAACACCUCAUCGGCCGAGGACACGAGGAGUUCUCCACGAUGAGACAACAAGAUGCCUUCGAACUGCUCCUGCACCUACUCAAACUCAUCACUAUCUCCAAUAACGCCAAUCCUGCCCAAGACCCUGUGCAAUCGUUUCGUUUCGCUCUCGAACAGCGUCUACAGUGCCUGAGCUGCAAGCGCGUUCGAUAUCGAACGGAUGAACAGGAGAACAUCUCGAUCCCGGUCCCAGUUCGCAGAAAGCAGGUAUCCAAUGGAGAGGGAACACCUCAAGACUCAGCCAAAGGAUCCGAGUUCGAACCGGUGUCGCUUAAAGAAUGUCUGGACAUUUUCACUGCUUCGGGAACAGUUGAGUUGACAUGCCCAGCUUGUGGCUCCAAAGCUGGAUUCUCCAAGUCAUCAAAAUUCAAAACGUUCCCGAAGAACCUGGCCAUCAAUCCGCUCCGUUUCGAAAUCAUCAAUUGGGUGCCGACUAAGCUUGACAUUCCUGUGGAAGUACCCGAUGGAGCUUUUGACAUUAGUAGUUACAAGUCGCAAGGAUUGCAACCGGAUGAGGAAGAACUGCCCGAAGAUGCGGACGUAGGAGGCUCUGGGUCGGCUUCAGCGGCAUUCGCUCCGAAUGAGGCAGCUCUCAGUCAGCUUGAGUCCAUGGGUUUCCCUCGCGUUCGAUGUGAGAAGGCACUGCACGCUACUGGUAAUGCAGAUGCGGAAGCGGCUAUGAAUUGGCUGUUCGCACAUAUGGAAGACCCUGACAUUGACGAGCCACUCAACCUCGGCGGUGCCUCCUCGACUGGUGAUUCCGGCGAUGAUGCGGACAAGAUUGCUCAAUUGGGUGAUAUGGGCAUCAGCGCACCACAAGCGCGGAAAGCUUUACGAGAGUGCAAUGGCGAUGUCAACCGAGCGCUAGACUGGGUGUUCAGUCACCCAGAUGAGCAAGGGGACUUUGGUGAAGACGCUGCUUCGGGUUCCGCUCCAUCGAAAUCUCUUCCGGGGAGCGAUCAAUUGCCGGCGAAAUUUGAGCUUCAAAGCAUUGUGUGUCACAAAGGAGCCAGCAUCCAUGCUGGUCAUUACGUUGCGUUCAUCCGGAAGGAGAUCCCCGGUGAAAGCAAGGAGAAACAAUGGGUGCUAUUCAACGAUGAGAAAGUCGUCAAGGCGGUCGACGUCGAUGAGAUGAAGAAGUUUGCAUAUAUCUACUUCUUCCGGAUGGUUUGA